AUGCGCUCAUGGGGAAUGAUCCAAGGUUGUAUGUUGUGGGGAGAAGUUGAUGAGACAAGGGAUCACUUGUUCUUCACAUGUCCAUAUUCCUUUACGAUCUCGCAUGAGUUGGCAAACCGCAUUAUUGGUUCUCACCUGGAUCCGGAUUGGAAGAUCACGCUAGAGCGCAUGGAGGAGCUACAGGGCGGAACGAAGUAUGAAAAGUAUGAGGGAAGCUGUGAGCAUUGCAAGAGGACCGGUCACAAGAAGAGUGAGUGUUGGAUCCUACAUCCUCACCUCAGGCCACGUGGGUCCAACAGGGAUAGGGAAGCAAAGGCUCAUCUUUCUGCUGAAGCAAAUGGUGCUGGUUCAUCCGGAGCUAACUCAGGCGCUAAGGUGGGUGAAAGUGAAGGUAGAGCCUUGGCAUCUCAUCAACUAAUUGGAAAGGGUAUGGAUCAGGAGGUAUUCAAGAGAGCUGACCUUGAAGCCUUCUUCAAAGCUCUUAAGGAGUCUGGAUAUUAAGAGCAGUAAGUUGAUUGGGCAAGGAGCAACCAAAGGAG